ACUUCUCUCUGCAUUCAUCCCUCAGCAGCACAGCUCCGUUGGUCUUUCUACUCUUCUUGAUUUUUGACUCUGCUUGGAAGAAACAGCCAUGUCUCGGCAGUCUGCCUGCAGAAGCUUUGGAGGCGGGAGUAGAAGGGGCUACAGCUCUUGCUCUGCCAUCGGUGGUGGCUUUGGAGGAGGUGGCGGCAGAAGCAGGAUCAGUUACAGUUCAUACUCCUCAUCCAGGGGAGGUGGAGGAGGUGGACAUUGUGGAGGUUUUAGCAGCAGAAGCCUCCACAAUAUGGGUGGCAGCAGAAGAAUUACUGUAGGUGGAUGCUAUGGUGGUGGAGGAUAUGGAGGAAGAAUGGGUGGCUUUGGAGGAGGCUACGGAGGAGGAAUGGGUGGCUUUGGCGGAGGAAUGAGUGGUGGAGGAAUGGGUGGCUUUGGUGGCGGAAUGGGUGGCUUUGGUGGAGGAAUGGGUGGUGGAGGAAUGGGUGGUGGUGGAAUGGGUGGUGGAGGAAUGGGUGGUGGAGGAAUGGGUGGCUUUGGUGGAGGAAUGGGAGGUGGAGGAAUGGGUGGCUUUGGUGGUCCUGGCUUCCCUGGAGGCAUCCAACCGGUGCAAGUUGACCCGACUCUCCUGAGACCAGUCCAUGUUGAGAUUGACCCUCAAAUCCAGCAAGUGAAAAACCAGGAGAAGGAGCAGAUUAAGACUCUUAACAAUCAGUUUGCCUCCUUUAUUGAUAAGGUCCGCUUCCUGGAGCAACAGAACAAGGUCCUCUCCACCAAGUGGGAGCUCCUCCAACAGCAAGGGCCUUCGGGGCCAAGGAAGAACCUCGAUGUCAUCUUUGAAAACUACAUCCAGAACCUGAGGAGGAGGCUAGAGUCUCUCCUGGGACAGAGGGGACAGCUGGAGUCGGAGCUGCAGAACAUGCGGCAAUACGUGGAGGAGUACAAAACCAAGUACGAAGAGGAAAUCAACAGGCGCACUGCUGCUGAGAACGAGUUUGUGGUGCUCAAGAAGGACGUGGACUGUGCCUACAUGACGAAAGUGGAGUUGGAAGCCAAGGUGGGAGCUCUGACCGAUGAAAUCAACUUCCUGAGGUGCAUCUACGAGGAGGAGCUGGCGCAGAUGCAGACAAUCAGCCGGGACCUGUCCGUGGUGGUGUCCAUGGACAACAACCGGCACCUGGACCUGGACAGCAUCAUCGAGGAGGUCAGGCGCCAGUACGAGCAGAUUGCUCAGAACAGCCGGGCCGAAGCUGAGGCUUGGUACCAGAGCCGGUAUGAAGAGCUGCAGAACACCGCUGGAAGGCACGGGGACAGCCUCCGCCACACCAAGGUAGAGAUCCAAGAGUUGACCAGGAAUGUCCAGAGGCUGCGGGCUGAGAUUGAGAACGUGAAGAAGCAGAACCAGCAGUUGCAGUCAGCUAUUGCCGAGGCCGAGGAGCGGGGUGAGAUGGCCCUCAAGGAUGCCAGGAUAAAACUGGAAGAGCUGGAAUGUGCCCUGAGCAAGGACAAGGAGGAGCUGGCUCGCUUGCUGAAGGAGUACCAGGAGCUGCUGAACAUCAAGAUUGCGCUGGAUGUUGAGAUUGCCAUGUACAGGAAGCUGCUGGAGGGAGAGGAGAACAGGCUGUGCAAUGAUGGCAUGUCCAACGUCAACGUCUCUGUGGUAGGCAGAAGCACCAUCUCUGGAGGCAGAGGAGGCAUGGGAGGAGGCUUCGGAGGAGGCAGCGGUGGCAUGGGAGGAGGCUUCGGAGGAGGCAGCGGUGGCAUGGGAGGAGGCUUCGGAGGAGGCAGCGGCAUGGGAGGAGGCUUCGGAGGAGGCAGCGGCAUGGGAGGAGGAAUGGGAGGAGGCGUAUGUGGAGUAGGAGGCAGCUUUGGAGGAGGAAGCAUGGGCGGCAGCUGUGGAAUGGGAGGAGGAGUGUACGGCGGUGGCUUCUCUUCUGGAAGUGGAAGGAUGUGCGGCUCUGGAGGUGGGGGAUCGUCCUCCGUACGGAGAUGUGUCACAACCACCUCCGUCAAAUCUUCAGGAGUGAGAUUCUGAGCCCCAAAGCCAGAUUGAAAAAGGAAAGAAGCAUCUCCCAUCUUCUCCCGGCAGCAGCCCAGCCUCCUUAAAUCCAGCUCCGGCAUCCUGCGAUGAAACGAACUGUGUCCCUCACGGCCCACCACAACCCAGCUCAGCUGCCUGGCUUGGUCCCAUCCAGGGAGCGUCGUGGCAGUGCCAUGUCCCACCAAGAGCUCUGGCGAGCUGCUUGUUCGCUCCAAGCCCAGAGAUGAAAUAACCACCUGAGCAAAGAGAAGUCUCACCUGUGGAUACCCAGCACGGAGAGCUGAUUUACAGGAGGGGAGCGCUCUGCCUUUCUUGCUGUGUUGUACAUUUCUGGCUGCCUCGUGGCAAAUGUGUAUAAAACCCCUCUUUCUUCCUCUGUCCUCGUGUUCCUCCCUUGAUGGCCGUGUCCCUGGGGUGCUUCUGCAUGCAGUACAUCCCGCUGCUUCCAUUCACUAGCCUUUGGGGUCAGGGUAGAUGUGGGGCAAGUGGGACUCGUCCCUUGGCAGAGCCGAGGAGGGAGCAUCUUCUCGGCAGGUGCCCAGAGGGAUUAAGUGCCCCAGGGUGAAGCACCUGGGCGGCAUUGCUCACCUGGUAGCCCCAGGUGCGGUGUAAACGGGAGCUCUCUCUGGAGUGGUGGCUUCCCGUUCCACUUGUCCUUGCUCUCCGUGACACCUGGUAACACCUCACACACAUGUGGACUUUUUCUAAGGAGAGCAAAGCUUGCUCUUCACCGCCAGGCCCCCUGUGACAUGGCACGGGAUGUACUGUCCCCACCUCCCUUCCUCUUCUGUUUGUGGUAUGCCCUACUUCCUUGGGAUGUUGCCAUUCUCAAUAAAUUGCAGAGAACAUUCA